AUGUCACGCGGCGGUGAGGCAUCCUCCGCCGUGAACGGUGGCGCCGGCGGUGGAGAGAUUUUGUUGUUUGGUGUGAGAGUGAAGGUGGAUCCUAUGAGGAAAAGCGUUAGUAUGAACAAUCUGUCGCAGUACGAGCAGCCUAAUUAUAAUAGCAACGAAUCUUCCAACGCUGCUGCUGAUAUUGCUGCCGCCGGUUACGCCUCCGCCGACGAGGCCGUCAACCGCCACUCAUCCGGAGGUCGCGAGCGUAAGCGAGGAGUUCCAUGGACAGAGGAAGAACACAAGUUGUUCCUAUUAGGACUGCAGAAAGUAGGGAAAGGAGAUUGGAGAGGAAUCUCAAGGAAUUUUGUGAAGACUCGCACGCCGACACAAGUUGCUAGUCAUGCUCAGAAAUACUUCCUCCGCCGAAACAACCUCAAUCGCCGUCGGCGCCGAUCUAGCCUCUUUGACAUCACCACCGACUCGGUCACGGCAAUUCCAAUGGAACAAGAUGUUCGUCAUGGAAGUCCACAACCAGUUCUGCCACCACAGUCACUGCUUCCACCUGAAACAUCUAAUAUCAGUGGAUUCCCAGUAACACCUUUUCCGAUGACAGUUGGCCCUGUUCUAUCACCACUAAAGAUUGAGAAUCCAAUCGAGAGCCUUAGCCAGGGACAAGGUCAUCAGGUGUCGACGAUGCUCGUCCAUCCAAUCCCAGUUCUUCCAAUGCCUAAUGCAUCAAGAAUGACAGAUCUCAACUUAAAUCAGAAAUCAACAGCUGAAGCUUUCCCCCUGUCGCUGAAGUUGUCUCUAUCUUCCGAUCAGAAUUAUCAGUCAGAGUGGAGGAAUUCAGCAUUUCAGGUGAUGCCAGGCUUCAACAAUGGAGAUAACAUCAUUAGCGUUGCAUAAGAAAGAUAAUAACUUUUGAAAAAAAAAGAAUGAUAAGGUAAUUAGUUUGGCUCGAAUUGAUCUUCUGUUUUUGUACAGACCAGAACCAUGUGAUGUCUUGAUAUGCUACUACUUGUUCUGUGGUACGAUCUUAGAUUCUUGUUUGUUUGUGUUUUGUUGGUAGUUGGGAGGAAAAUAGCAAUAGUGCCCUCUUGUUGUUUGCUAGUAUGGGUGGGGUUGGUCUAGUGGUUUCUAACUUUCUUUAGUUUUUUUUUGGGGAAAAUAUCCAAGUGGGGGUUACUGGUGGAUAGUCAAUUGUACUCCUUAUAUGAUAAAAUCGGUACUGUUGUCUUGUUUGUCCGUGCAAAGGAGAUGUAUUUGUCAGAAUGUGGAUGGAAUUGAGUCGUUAUUAAUGGUGAUGGUACAGUGGUAGGACCUUUGAUCUUUAAUUUCUGUGGUGUGGGAUGAAUUUUUAUUAGACGGGGAGAUGAUGUUCUUUGUUGUUAUUAUUAUU